UAAAUUCAAUAAGGUGUGAAGUUGAGGGACAAGAUUCCACGUAGAACGGUAGAAGUAUCGGCAUAGACCGCCAUUUUUGAUCUCGGCGGCCACGAGUAUGAGCAAAGAAAACUAAUAAAGUAUUGGUAGCAGUAAGAUAACUUUGAUGUUUUCUUUUGUCGGUGUAUACACAGAGGACACUGAUAUCUUCGUUGAGAGCGAUUGAUAGACAAAAAUCGUAACCCUAACUAAUUUUCUGAUACGAAUCAUACGCGUAUAUGUUACAUGUUCAAGAUUCGUCGCCGUUUUCAUCAUCAGGAGGCAAUUUCAUCGUCGGUUCAUCUACUUGUGAAACUGAAAUGGAAGAAUCUGGAACACACUCAGCAUCAACAACAGGCAACUUGUUAGUUUCAGAUAAGGAAGGAAACAGUUUGACCGUACGCGAUGGACCACCGACCGACGACUGUUGCCCUAUCUGCUUCGGCUCCUUCUCCGCUCCAUGCCGUGGUCCUUGUGGCCACUGGUACUGCGGUGGUUGUAUCAUGGAGUAUUGGAACCACGUUGCUGCAUUUCAGCCUUGCAAGUGCCCUAUGUGCUCCAGUCCAAUUACCAAAUUGACCCCAGAAGCAACAUUAUCCCAACAGCAGGAUGCAAGGAUCCGUGAUGUUCUCAAGAAUGUUAAACAGUACAAUUGCCUUUUUGCUGGUGGUGCUUGCGGUUUCAUUCUGCAAGUGCUUCAGUUGCCUUUAUUUGUCAAGAGAUUGCUUCAAGCAAUGAUGGAUCCUGAUAGACCUGUUGCUUAUCUUAGCAGAUUGCGUUUAGUUGCAGUGUUUCUUGGUGCUCUUUAUACACUUAGCCCUUUUGACUUCCUCCCAAGAUGGAGGUACCUUGAUGCUAUAGACUUGUUUGAUUGCUCUGCUAUUGUACUAUCGUUUAGCUUGUACUUUGUUGGUCUUUACACACGAAGAAGACGACUAAGACAUUUACGCCAGCUGGCACAGGUCCCACGUUUUGACAUAGAUAUGUAACAACACUGAUUCUGAAUUCACACAUCAACUUCAUGCACUCACUUCUAAACCCUAAACCCUAAACCACAAAUCCUUUGUCUAGUAUGGUGCAUAGGCUUUAUAGUUUAUAUGUAUAUAUACUCGCAAUAUCUUGAGAAAGUUGCUAUUUCUUUUUCUCCAAGGUAAAUGUUGCUUCGUAAAUAAUAUGGUAACA